UGAAAAUGGGCUUGGCUUGGGCUUGUUCACGGUGACAACAAAGCCCAUUUUUCUUGAAUUUAUACAAACAAAGCCCUUACACCAAAAACGGGUUACUAUAAAAUCUACUACUGGCAUUUUCAGUAGUUGGAAAGGGCUUGCGGCACAUUUCAGAAACCCUAAUCUCUUCGGCGUCGUUCGGCCAACGCAGCAAUGGUGAAUGUUCCAAAGACGAAGAAGACAUACUGCAAGUCGAAGGAUUGCCGAAAGCACACCUUGCAUAAGGUAACACAAUACAAAAAGGGAAAGGAUAGCUUGGCUGCACAAGGCAAGCGCCGUUAUGAUCGCAAACAAUCAGGGUAUGGUGGGCAAACUAAACCUGUUUUCCACAAGAAGGCGAAAACUACGAAAAAGAUUGUGCUGAGGCUGCAAUGCCAGGGCUGCAAACAUGUAUCCCAGCACCCAAUCAAGAGGUGCAAACACUUUGAGAUUGGUGGAGAUAAGAAAGGGAAGGGGACUUCUCUUUUCUAAAUGGCAAUCUGUGGAAAACAGGACUUGCAGUCUUAUUUUAUAGUGCUAAGUACCUUGCACUGUCAGUUGGACUUUUUUUUUUUGGGUCUUAAAAUGUGUCUGUGUUUAGAGAUUGUGGCCUUUUUGCGUUUUCAUUGGAGUUUCUGAUGUCUCUCUCGAGGUUAGACAAGAUAUUCAUGAUUGCAGUUGUAAUAUUUCAAUCUGAUGAAUGUUCUUGCAA